AUGGACGGCCCAGUGGCAGUCUUCAAGAAGCGUGCUCCUAAGGGCACUAUUCGCAAAGCACCACCUCCACCCUCCUCAGACUCGGAUUCCUCCUCCGGCUCCGAUGUCGAAGGCGACGAUGGGCGCAUGGUGAAACGGCGAAAAACGACCGGCGUCCUCAAAUCAUCCACUGCGGACCAGAAAACGAAGACUGGCUUCGAAGGUGCUACCAAAUUCGACGCUGAUCGCUCUGCGACUAUUCAAGACAGCAACGACGCCACCAAACAGUCCAACUGGUACGACGAAAAUGCCAACGACGCCUUGAGCUCAAAGAAUCUACUCGGCACCACGAGAAAGAAGCCCGAGACCUCUUUUAUCCAAAAGAACGCCGAUGCGCCGAACCGUCAGGUCGGCCCUAUGAAAGCUCCUACAAAUAUUCGAACGAUCACGGUCACCGACUAUGCGCCCGACGUGUGUAAAGACUACAAACAAACGGGAUUCUGUGGGUUCGGCGACAACUGCAAGUUCUUGCAUGCGCGAGAAGAUUAUGCCCAGGGCUGGAAAAUAGACCGGGAUUGGGAGGCCUCGACCAAGGGCAAGAAACAAUCCGGCACCAUCGUUGCGUCACGGACAGCGAAAAUAGGCAGCGACGAUGAGGAUGAGGCCGACAGCGCUAUAUUAGAGAAGAUACCGUUCGCGUGCAUCAUAUGCAAGGAGCCGUACAAAAGCCCAGUCACUACGAAAUGCGGUCACUACUUUUGCCAGAAGUGCGCAUUUGCGAGAUAUCGAAAGGAUCCGUCAUGUGCGGCAUGUGGAGCGAGUACGAGUGGAAUUUUCAACACGGCGCAGACUCUGCACAAACUAUUGGAUAGGAAGCAAAAACGGGAGGAUAAGCGGAAAGCUAAAGAAGCUAAGGAGAAGGGCGAGGAUGAAAAGGAUGAUUGA